AUGACUCUAGACUUCAGCCUCUGUCUCCCACAGCUCACAAUGCUACUAUCCUUUAUAAUACUCAUAACUCUCUCUAUUCCUCCUCAACGUCAACCACUUGUUCUCUCAAAACUUGGCAAGAUUGCAAAAGCGUCAUUACCGAGAUUCCAUUCCUACUCAUCGCUUAUUGCUAAUUUUUUAAUACGACUUGGUUCUUACUGGACUCAUGCCCUCAAGCAGACAUCCUUCAGCUCUUCCCUCCCGGAUACGGAAGAAACAGCAUUUGAAGAACAAUUCAAAUAUUUUAUUGUCACAUCUUCGCUUCUUAGUGACACACCUAUCACGCAAACCACAGACCUCACGCCUGCUGACACCAAUGACCUUCCAGCAUUAAAACAAAGCGAAAAGACUUACGGAGUAUGGAAAAAGAUCAUAUUAAUAUCAUCUGUGCUCUCCUUUUUGUGGGUGGCAGGAGGCAUGGCUAUAAGUUCGUUUGGUUCACAGCCUGACACAAGUUAUUCCCACCAGCUGCUUAUUAUCAGCGUGUGCAUUGGUCAUCUAAUUGGCUACUUUAUUAUCCGUCGCUCUCAUCGGCGAACGAUAAUCCGGCGUCUACACAGAACGGCGCUAGUUAAACUCUGCCAGAUUGUCGAUUUGUUCCAGAAUAGUGAUACUAGCCUCCUGCGUCUUCUGGACAGUAUUCGACAAGUAGAUCUCAUUUCGCAAGGAUACACUCUUGCCUCAGCGUGUUCGGCGCCAAGACCACUACGAGAACAGCCCAACAAUAAACCACGGCAAAUUACAGAAAUUUGUCGUGAAACAAGCGAAUUGUUGCACGCGCUAUUUGAACCCUUGGCCACUUGUAUCACACAACUACAACCUCUGACCCACCAAGCCAAUUUGUUGCGUUUAAGAGAGAUGUACAAUGUCGAAGAACUCCCAAAGAACUUUGUAGACACGGCCGAUAUCAGAAAGUCUGUAAUGCCGACCGAUAGACUGGACCACAUCUCUUAUGCGGUCCGAUGCAGACGACGAGAGACGUUGAUGUAUCUCUUGGCGUUAGAUAUUAUGACCAGUGGACAUGAUUCCGAACGCGAUGACUAUGAGCAAAAAUGGGAGAAUGCGGUGAAUAUCAUGUCAAAUCUGAUUUCAACGUAUACCGAAUUUAAUGCAAAUAUUAAUAAAUUACUUGAUGCUGCCAUAUUUCAAGAUGGUCUUAGUCGUGAGUAUGAUUGUGGAGGAAGAAGCUUUGACCCCAGAGCUCAGACCCUCUUGCAUCGGUUCAAUGUUCUUGAGAAUUAUAUACGAAACAUUCAAUCGAAAAUAUUCCUUUGCAAGCACGACACAAAAACAUUUACUUCAGGUCGAGGCUCAGCAUAUUCAAUUGAACGUAUUGGAGAAAGAUUUGGAACGAUUGAUCAAGACUUUUCCCACAUGUUAUCUCAAUGGGAAGAAACCAAAGAAACAUUAUUAGGAUUCACACGCCAGGAGAUUUCACCUCGAACCAGCCAACUUCCUUCACCUCCCACUUCACCUCGUCAGACUGGUAUUAGAAGUAGUGGUACCAUCAAGCGUCUCUCCUACAUACAACAAUCUAGACAAAAACCAAGUCCUGUCACACGCCAUUCAUUGAUGACUGCAGCCGCUGUUGCCUCUUUUCUUGAAAACAAGCGAGUCCAUAGACUUCAAGCUCGUCAACAGAUUGCUUCCGAAGGAAUCGUGAAUGAUUAUAAAGACGUUCCAGCCCUCCCUCAUUCCAUCAGACGUCCUUCCACUCCUAUAUCGACACAUUCUACCGACGAUGAAUGA